UUCUUUCUCUGUUUGUGAAAGAUCAUCCAUGGAGUCAAUUUUGAUGCUAACAGUAUUGGCUACCUUGGUAAGUUUCUUCCUAAGAAUUGCUUGCAUAACCAUCUCCUGUUACUGGUUAACCCCAAGACGAAUCCAGAAAAUCAUGGAAAAGCAAGGAGUUCAUGGCCCCAAGCCUCAGUUUCUAAUAGGAAAUAUUCAGGACAUGGCAGCACUGAUCAGAAACUCUACUUCCAAAGACAUGGAUUGUAUCGACCACAACAUCGUCGGUCGUCUCUUGCCGCAUUAUAUUUCCUGGUCUAAACAGUAUGGGAAAAGAUUCAUUUAUUGGGUAGGAAGUGAACCUCGGAUGUGUUUAACAGAGAUUGACAUGAUCAAAGAGCUUCUAUCCUCUAAAUAUUGCCAGGUUUCUGGUAAAUCUUGGAUUCAGCAACAGGGAACCAAACACUUCAUUGGGAAAGGCUUGUUGAUGGCUAAUGGCAAUGACUGGUAUCAUCAGAGACAUAUAGUUGCUCCAGCUUUUAUGGCUGACAAGCUUAAGAAGAAUAUGGGUUACAUGGUGGAAUGCACCAAAAAGAUGCUUGAAUUACUAGAAUCUGUUGUCAAAUCAGGACAAAGAGAGGUUGAAAUCAGUGAAUACAUGUCUCACCUCACUGCAGAUAUCAUUUCUAGAACUGAAUUUGAUAGUAGCUAUGAGAAGGGGAAGCAGAUUUUCCAUCUUCUUACUUCUCUGCAACAUCUCUGUGCUCAAUCAAACCGCUACGUAUGCCUCCCUGGUAGCCGGUUCUUUCCUAGUAAAUUCAAUAAAGAGAUCAAAGCUUUAAAGAUGGAGGUGGAAAAUCUAUUGAUGGAGAUCAUUGAGAAGAGGAAAGACUGUGUUGAGAUCGGUCGUAGCUCAUCCUAUGGAAAUGAUUUGUUGGGUAUGCUUCUUGCAGAGACCCAGAAGAAGAGAGCAAGUGGGUUCAGCUUCACCCUUCAGAUGCUUAUGGAUGAAUGCAAGACUUUCUUCUUUACAGGACAUGAAACCACUGCUCUGCUUCUCACUUGGACUGUUAUGCUCCUUGCCACAAACACGUCGUGGCAAGAUAAGGUCCGCGAAGAGGUGUUCCAGGUCUGCAAUGGAGAAGCUCCCUCAACUGAACAACUUUCCAAGCUCAGUGUGUUGAAUAUGGUGAUCAAUGAAUCGCUUCGAUUAUACCCACCGGCUUCCCUUCUUCCUCGAAUAGCAUUUGAAGAUAUCAAAUUGGGUGACCUUGAGAUCCCAAAGGGACUAUCAAUUUGGAUUCCAGUACUUGCAAUUCACCACAAUGAAGCAUUGUGGGGUAAAGAUGUACAUGAAUUCAAUCCUGAGAGAUUUGCAGCCAAGUCAUUUGUGCCCGGAGGACGACGGACUUUCCUCCCCUUUGCAAUGGGGCCUAGGAAUUGUGUUGGCCAGGCCUUUGCUCUGAUGGAAGCCAAGGUUAUAUUGUCGAUGCUGAUCUCGCGAUUCAGCUUCACAAUUUCAAAAAACUAUCAUCAUGCACCAAUCAGUGUCCUCACUCUUAGGCCUAAACAUGGAGUUCAAAUCUAUUUGGAGCCCCUCUGAAAGUCCAAUUGAUCACUUGUAUUGAUCAGGUUGAGUUUUGAUAUCCAUAUUUUUGUUUUCUGAGGA